AUGGUCGGCCGAAAGACGCUCGCUUCGAUUAUCAUCUGUAUUUAUUGGCAGCAAUUUCUAGCCUUCAGUCAAUUCGAAUGUCCAUCGGAUUCACUGAUUCAACCGUGUUCUUGUGUAUUAACUAUCCCGUCUCAUACCUAUUUGCUAUUCAAUGAUUUUAAUCCCGAAACCAUUUAUAUUCAACAGAGAUCGAUCGUUUGCGAACAUAUUCAUAAUUCUACGUUUGAUCUACAAACAGUAUUCGUCAAUCUAAGUGAUAAUGAAACAGAUUUUGACAGUUUUCUUCUCUAUAACACGACCAUUGCGCAUAUACCAGCAAAUGUUUUCAGUAAUGUCACGUUUAAAAGUUUAAUGUUUCAAGAUAAUCCAAUGUUAACCACGAUCGAUGAAAAUGCCUUUACAAGUUUUAAAGAUUCGGUAGAAGUGUUCGAAACUUUGAAUACGAAUCUUUCGGAUAGUAAGCAAAUAUUCUCGAUAUUGAAGCAAUUUACAAACCUACGUCGUGUCAGUAUGCACAAUGAUCGAUUAACAAUCAUUCCGGAUUAUGCAUUCAAUCAUACAAACUUAACAAAUAUUUGGUUUGGAUUAGAAAAUCGACGAACAAGUCAACCGAUUGAAACGAUUGGACAAUAUGCAUUCUAUGAUGUGCCAAAUUUGCGUUUAUUGCGUAUUUUCUCUCCGAAUCUGACGCAUAUAGACAAAUAUUCGUAUGCUCAACGUAAACGAUCAUCGUCCAAUAUCACUCUGCAUAUCUAUCUCGGUGGUCAAAAUUUAAAUUCGACAAGUUUUUCUCCAACAUCGCUGAGUCGUUUUCGUAGUCGAUCAGUUUUCUUACGACUUUACUAUACAAAUAUGACUUAUCUAGAUGAACUGAUCUUUCAACCCUUUCUCGAAACACAUCCGUCAUCAAUUGUUGAUAUCAAUUAUACGAAUACGAACUUGAGAUGUGAUUGUCACUCAGCAUGGAUUCAGUAUGAUUAUUUACGUGAUCUCGAUCAACUAGACAAUCGUGUUUAUGGAUAUCGCUGUUGGGCAACGGAUUUUGCCAAUUGUACGUUGAAUAUCUGA